AUCUCAUUGCUCCUCUUGUCUUUUUGCUACACCUAGACCCAUACGGCAGACACAGAAAUGCAAUCGUGGAAAAACUUUCAAGCUAGUCUCCCAGCUGUGGACGUUUCGGCAGUCUCUAAGAAUCUGAGGACUACCGUCCAAGCUACUCGUGAGAGACUGGGGAAUGUAGGACCUGAUGGUAUCACCGAAUUGCCAGCGGAAUACAAGCAACUUGAAUCUCGCGUUGAUGCUUUGCGAGAUGUGCAUACCAAGUUUUUGAAAGUUACUAAAGUGUACGAAACCGAAUCUUACGACUAUCCUUCUGAUAUCACCGAGAGUGUACAGGAUAUGGGUAGUCAAGCCGCUUCUGUCUGGGCUACGUUCGCCAGCAAGAACCUCAAGAAUUCCAAUCUACCCAUCCCAGGAACUCACGUAGCACCCAAAGGUCCUCAACCUCCCAAGACCCUUGCCCAUGCUCAAUCUCGCGCUGCCAAAGCCGGUGCUGCGGAACUAGGUGCCGACGACAGGCUGGGCGUAGCUCUCGGCGUCUAUGGGGUAGCCAUGGAGAAAGUUGGUGAUGCUCGUUUGGCACAAGACAACCUUAUCGCCGAUCGAUUUAUCACCCCUUGGCAGGCGACUUUGUCGACGUCGAUUGGAUUAGCUAUGAAAGCCCGAGCGAAUGUCAAAGCUGCUAGACUUGAGUUGGACAGUGCUAGGUCUGCUCUAAAGACUGCUGCCCCGGCCAAACAAGAACAAGCCAGACUUCACGUUGAAGAGGCAGAAGACAAGUUGGUGCAAAGCACGGAGACUGCUAUCGGACUCAUGAAGGCUGUUCUUGAGAAUCCCGAGCCAAUCCAGAAUCUCUCAUCUCUCGUGAAGGCGCAACUGAUCUAUUUCUCCACUGCCGCAGAAACUUUGUCUGGUAUCCAAGGGGAGAUCGAAGAGGCCGCCACCGCUGCCGAGGGGGAGUACAGGACUGUCCGGGGUGCUUGAGUCGAGGCAGUGUAGCGGUCUGACUGGAGCUAGUCCGUUGUAUGCAGACCCUGCUGGAUCUUCGUCGGGAUGAGAGAAUCAUGAUACUUCUAUUUGCGAUGAAUGGUAAUGACUGGUUUC